AUGAUCCCGAAUAUUCGCUCUUUAAGACUACUAAUGUUUUGUCUAAUUACAUUGAAUUCAUUAGAAUGGACGGCAUCAUUUCCACUAGAUUUAGAUAAUAAUUUGACCCUCAAAUCGGCCACUUUGUCCCAAAAAGCUACCCGAGUCCGGAGAAGUCUACUAGAGUUUGAUGCAAAAGCUGGACAUGCAAAUAAACAAUUGGCAGAUAUUUUCCACGCGAUAAAUGACAUAUCCAGUUUAAGGGCUGGGCUAGUUUGUAAUCUGUGCAUUGUUGUGGACCAAGAAUUUGUCGAUGCCUACAAACUCAAGGAGUCAACACAAGUCAUAAUUUUCUUUCGGAAAAUCAUCGACAGGAUAUCGUGGGUAUUUAGAAACAUUGAUUGGAACGGAGAUGGGAGACCUGAUAACAUUGGAUUUGAAAUCAUCAGUUUAGUGAAGGGUUGGACGCCUUAUACAGCCGAGUACUCUGGCUCCUAUUCGAAACCAAAACCUGCCAUGGAACUUCUCGGACUGUUUGCUCAACACAACUUUCACCACUGCUGCCUCGGCGUAGGUUUCACUAACCGGCCUUUUGCACAUAAUCAGGUCGGAGUAUCAUUUAUCGCGUCGGAAGAUUUGCUUGGAGGAAUAUGCGACUUUCGAAAUCCAACUCUUCCACUUCAUAGUGCCAAUGUUGCUCUUAUUUCUGCGAUGGGGUUAAAAGGAGUGCAAUUAUCCGAGAGGGACUUAGGAAACGUUUUGAUACACGAGUUGGGACAUUGUUUCGGAGUUCUUAAACAUGACAUGGACUUGGAACCGAAAUGUUCAGGAUUUGACACAAAUAAACCAAUUCCUGCAGAUUAUAUUUCAGAUCAUAAUGAACCACCGCAAGGCCGAUUCAUCAUGUGGGGACAGGACAUUCAAGGCACCAAAACGUCAAAGCCGAACAACCUGAAUUUCAGCCCUUGUUCGAAAGCAGUCGUGCAAAAAGUGCUCUACUCCGGAACGGUGAGAGGAAAAUGUCUCACGCCGGGCGAGAAUGAGAUCCCAUAUUGUGGAAACGGAAUUGUAGAACUUCCCGAAGAAUGUGAUUGCGGUAAUGAACUAAAAUGUUUGCAAGAUUCGUGUUGUGGGCCGAGAGGUAGUUCAGAUCCGUGCCAACUUUAUAAAGGGAUCGAUCCUUUAAAGUGUUCCGUGCUCAAUCAGCGACUGCUUAGUACUCCUGGACCAAGAUCUAACAAGACCAAAUCUGGUGGUAACAUGACACCAUUUAUUUCAGGUUUAAAUACAUUUUUGAUUAUCAUUGUACAAUUAGCAGUAUUUUUGCAAUAAAGUAAGGACUCUGUUAUUACAUAAUUCGGUUUUAUAUAAAAGUUAAUUUUUGCCAUAAUUUUGCAUCUUGUUUUAUUCUGUCAUCUACAAAAAUGUGUCUCUUCUUGGCCAAGUUUUGACUUAUUUGGGAUGUGCCAAUUUGCCAAUAUGUAUACGUGCCUAUGUAGUAAAUUUUAUGUAAUGCAGAAAUUUCGUCAUUAAACAUACCUGUCACCUGUUGCUGCAGAUUAGUCAUUGUCAUUAUGAUGUAUGCAGUAUUUUUGGAAUGACCAAAUUUAAUCUCCAGUCCAGCUUUCUAAUCACUGGAAUGCAAUUGAUUGAAAGUAUUUUGGUAAACAAGGUUUAGUAACAAUUGAUACAGCGAUUAAUUUGGUGCAUGCAUUCAGCACCUGAACAUAAUAUGACUGCUUGAAGGUGUACGUGUGCUGAUGAUGAAGAGUAUGAUUGA